AUGUUAAAACUUUCCACAAUAUUGAUUUUAACAAUAACAUUUAAUAAAAUCCAUUCAUCAGAUGUAGCAAAUGUAGACUGUGAUCCAAAAAAAUGUGAAAAUAUUGAAAAUUGUCCAAUUGGAACCUUUUUAUCAUUUUCUCGCCCAGAAUUGGGAAUCUGUUGUAAUACGUGUAGAGAAUACGCCAAAUUGGGUGAGCCAUGUAAUGGAACCAAUUACUGUAGUCCAAUAUUACAUUGUCCAUUUUUUGGGAACGUGACUGUAUGUUCAUAUAUUUGGGAAAACACUAUUCAAUCUCGUGGUUGUGGUACAACACUGUGUCCAACGUACAAAGAAUGUCCGAAAAAUUCAUUUUUAAUUAAGAACGAUGGUGAAAAACGGUGUUGUGAUCAAUGUAUCCCAUAUUCCAGAUAUGGUGAAUACUGUGAUGAGAAACAACAAUGCCAAUCUGGAUUAAAUUGUUUGAAUAAUAUUUGUUGGGAAUCUGAAGAAUGUGCUUCAAAGAAAGAAACCUGUGAAGUUAUUAAAGACUGUCCAAGUGAUACGUUUCUUGUUAAAGCUAAUGGUAUAGAUCGUUGCUGUGAUGUUUGCCAAACUUAUUCUAAACUGGGUGAAAAAUGUAAUGAUAGCGUUUAUUGUGAUAAAGAAUUAUUUUGUGAUUAUGGUCCAAAUGAAUGCAUCAAAUUAGAAGUAAAUUGUGAAAGUGCAUAUUGUCCGCCAGAAAAUGAAUUAAAUUGUGAUAAAAACAAAAGUUACAUGGUACCAAAAAAUGGUAAAGAUGUUUGCUGUUCAUAUUGUCAACCUUAUGCAAAUUAUGGAGAAUUUUGUAAUGAAGACAGACCUUGCAUAUCAAAAUUUGUAUGUAAAAAUAAUACCUGUGAUUUAACUAAUGAAUGCAAUUGUAUUUAAAAUAAAUUAAUUUUAAUUGUAA